AUGCUAUUCUACGGGCUGGACCCGACGCCAAAAGCCUUUACCCUCUUCAUACACCAAACUUCCGUCAUUUGUGCAUCAUACCAAGCGGUGCUCAUCAGGGAAGACGACGAAACUGUUGUUCUGGCAGGAGACGCACAUAACCCAAGGUUCCGCUAUCCCGGGAUGCUAGAGCGCCUCCUCGAGGCGAAAUAUGGGCAGAAUUUCGCCGUCAAGGCGGGAGACGGGAUAGUCGCCAUCUAUAUCAACGCAGAUACUUUCUACAACAGACCUAAACGUGACUCUUGCUACGCCAACAGCCUCGGCAUCUUUGGGCCUGCGCGCGAGCAUGAGUGUGAUGCUUCGACCGGAGAAAAGCUUCUACGAGAAUACACGGCAGCUCAGGAAAGAGCUUCUAGAAGAUGUAGAGCCGUCGAAGGAUGGACCGAGGCACAAGCGCCGUCAGCCCGCAGCUUGAGCAACGAAAGCUCUGUCCCCGAAAAUGUCACUGCUCCCUUCGUUUUGAAGCAACGCGAGCGUCUCCGGCCAAGCCCGUUCGAACAACGGAUGUACAUGCGAGCCCUCGUCAGGGAAGUGGUCCGCGACGGCGACAUGGGAGAACUUGACGCCCGAAACCGAAAGCUCGGUACACGAAGAUCUCUUGGGAAUCUUAAGACGUGCUCGUGA